UGGUCUUUCUGUGUUGUGUGAACUGGACUGCUUGGCAUUAAGUGAAAUUUCCGAUGACACGCCCUCUGUGGUGUUGCCUGCCGGGAAGAUGGCCGACACCGGUGGUUCCAAGUGAAGUGCGGUGAAUCGUCGUUCGCAGAAAUCCGCUGAGGAUCGCAGGUUAUGAGGGCACAUGCGUUUAAUGUCAACUUUUUUGGGGUGGAGAUCUUUCUGUAUCCAGCUUGCUAAAAGUGGUUUUACUCAGACAUAACGACAGAAACGCCUGUCACUCAACAAUUGCGCUUCACCGCUUGGCAGUUAGCACUGGUUAACGCGAAUUGUUAAUAGUCUCUAGCUAACGUUAUAUUUUAAAAUGCCGUGACAUGUUUUAAACAUGCAACCGCACAUUUUGCGUGCUCUUACACAAGCACACUCUUAACAGUCACCGAAACACACUGUGAUGCGUUAGUGUGUUUAUCUGUGAUUGAUAAAGUAACGUAAUACCGUGCAUGUGUAGUUUCCCCUUUUUGCAAAAUUUCUUCUGAAUUGAUGACAUUUAACUCCGCUAACAUUAGCUAGCAAAGCUGUUAAAGUAGUAAUCCAGUUAGCCAGCUACAUAGCCUAGCAUGCUAUUCCUAAGGCUGUUUACUCUGGAUAGCAUUCUGGCUAAGUUGGGUCAACAUUUCUUAGCAUGCUAGUUUGGAACCUUUUCCAGGCCUCAUAUAGAAUGACAACGUUCUAACGUUGAUAAUGACGAAUGACAGGCCAGAGGGUGAUAUUGUAGUCGUGUGUGUCGCAUACACAUUGCGUGCCUGAUUUGUUUGAUCAUUGAAUGAGAAGCUGGACCUAGUUGGCCAAACGCCCUCCUCGUCAAUUUACCUGCAUAGCUAGCCAGUUAGCUUGCUGUGAUAAUGCUGUAGCUACCUUGCUCAGUCAUAUUUGGGAGAUAUUCAUCAUCCCUGGACUUUCUUCAAAGUUCUGAUCAAAGAUGUGUGAUGUCUUGUGGCUCCGUGUUGGACCACCCUAUGUACCAUGCGUUGGCUGCCCUCUCGAUUUGGCUGCCUAACGCUUGGCAAAUUCCAGGAUCUUCGACAGCCUACUUCUCUGGCUGCAAGUCUCUUGUCCAGGAUGUACACUACACGCUUGUACAGUGGUAGUGGCGGCAAGCCAGGGCGGCGGGUGGGCAUUGUUGGGGCAGGGCAGCCCAUGCUGGAGAACCAUCACCACCACCACCAUCCGCUCCCCCAUCACCCACAGGUCCCACCCCCUCAGAACUUCCCUCCCAUCUACCAGGGCCGUCUCGACGGGCACCGGCCUCACUACCAGCCCCUCCAACAGCACUACCACACGCACGCCCAGGCCUCCCACCUGGCCUCUCAACACUACCAGCAGAACGCCCAUCACCACCAUGGCAAGAAGAAGACCUGGAACUUCAUUCAUGAGAAGAUGAGCUAUGACACCUUCUUCACCAUGAAGCGGCUGAUCGACCGCUCGCGCGGCGUGGACGAGGUGCUCCGAUGGGUCACCCAGAACCCCGGCAAGAUCUCGCACAACCACUACCCCAUCGCUCUGCAGAAGAUAGGCCAGUUGCUGCUGCUGCAGCAGAGCGGGGGCUCAGGAGCUGGGCCGGUGGGUGCCGGGCCGGCGGAGGGAGCCCUGGUGACCUCUCCUGGGGGAUCGGGUGGAGAAAACCCCUGCCGGCAGAUUCUGGAGAACCCCGACUUCCAGACACUCUGUAAUGCUAUCGUGAACGACUGCUCCAAGUUUGACAAUUUCAGCAUUGUCAACUGCCUUUAUGCAGUCGCUGCACUAGGUCUGCCCAGCGACUCUCAGAUAGUUCAGGUCCUAGAGGGUGAGUCACAGGGUCGCCUGUCCCAGUUCAACCAGAAGGACAUCUCCAUGGUGUUCAGCAGCAGCAUGAAGCUGCACCCCUCCAGCCAGCACCCGCUGAUCGAGGCCUGCCUGGCCGGCCUGGAGAAGAACGUCGAGCGCGAGCGCCACCCGCAGACGCUCUUCCUGCUGCUCUCCUACUACCGCACCAAGUGGCGGGCCCUGCAGGUGGGCGCGGGCACGGGCACGCCCCCGCCGCCGGAGCAGCUGCUGCUCAACCGCAAGAUCCUGCGUCUGGUGAAGCACACGCUGAGUAGCGUGAGCAGCGUGCGCGACCACGAGAUGGCCCUGCUGGACGAGAUGCUGGCAGCCUGCGCGCGCGAGGCCAGCAACAAGAGCCUGGAGCUCAUCUUCAGCUCCCACUUGUUCUACCAGAACAGGCAGGAGAAGUUCAUCAUCAGCCUGGCAGAGGAACUUCCCAAAAAAGCGGACAGCAUAACCCCUUACACCAUGGCGCUCAUUUCCAAAUACAUUGCCCGUCACCGACUUAGAGAGACCCGACUCCUUGACACGAUAGCUGAUUUCCUUGUGAAGAAGGGCGAGUACCUGGACAGCAAGGUCAUCCAGAAACUAGUGUUCCCAUUUAGCCGCAUGAGCUACCGGCCUGCCAAUGAGAGCCAGUUCUUCUCCAAGCUGGAGACGGUGCUGGAGCUGAAGGCCCUGAGCUCGCCGCUGGCUACCGUCAACAUCCUCAUGUCACUCUUCCAGCUGGGGCAUUUCCCAGGGCUGGUUCUGCAUCGUGUCUUCUCCUCAUCCUUCAUCAGCAACGUCACAAACAGCCCUUAUGCACUUAUUGUGCGGCGUUACUUGUCCUUACUGGAUGCUGCUGUUGAGCUGGAAUACAGGGACUACAGUGGGCCACGACUACAGGACAUGCACAAAGUGCUCAUGUUUGACCAUGCUUUAACAGCAGAUGAGGUCAACCGCAAAUACAGCUACAAGGGUCUAGUAGCUGAGGCACUUAGACAGUUGGUUGGAGAACAUGGCUACAAGCAGGACGAAGUGUUGGCCCCUGGAUAUUACACAGAUUUCCUCCUGUUGAUUGACGGCUCGGGUCGUGUUCUUCCAAUAAAGACGUCGUCCGGGGGCGUGUCUGUGGGCAUGUCCUCCAAGCCUGCCGAGGGCUCCGGUGCGGUGGGGGCGCUGACCUCUGACUUCCAGAAGUUCUCCCCUUUCCCCCCGCCCCUGGAGGACGCGGGUGACGCGCAGCCGGGCGACGAGUCGGUGUAUCUGCCCGCGCACAUGCGGCCCCCGCCCCCACCCACGGGCCAGCGCGCCGGGCCCAACGGAGGGGUUCCGCUCGACUACAGCGCUUACUAUCCCCCCACAGAUUACUACUCCAGCCUGGCCAAAGAGCACUCCCUGGAGAGCCAGGACAGCUCCACGCUCAGCAGCCCUUCGGACUGCCUCGCCCAGGCGGGGCCUGCUGGCACCGGGGCGGCCGGUGGCUCGGACUCCCUCUUCCAGUUCUCCAUCGGAAAGAUCCUGGACGACGAGAGCGGUGCGCCCGUCCCCACGGGAGCUGCCUCGGGCCCGGACUGUGAGCUGCCAGCCUUUUACGAGGGUGUCUCGUACCCCGAGGGGGGUGAGGGGGACAUGGGGCGCACCUCGCCGCCUCAGCUGCACCCCCCGGACCGCCCUGACGCACAGAGGGGCUCCACAGACCCACAGGUCAAGAGGGUCAUCAUGUCAGUGAAUGACAAGUGGCAUUACUGUCACAACUCCGACGUGCUGGUGGGCUCGAGGGCCAUGAGGGACCGCCACCUGCAGCUUUUGGGCUACAUCAUUCUUCAGUUGCCGUAUUUGGAACUGGAGAAGCUGAAUGGCAUUGAAGAGGUGAAGCAGUAUCUUCACAAAAAGCUGCUGGAGGUCCCCUUAUGACAGUGGAGAUUCAGAUGCCUCUGUGUGUAUGUGUGUGCUGGAGGUCCCCUUAUGACAGUGGAGAUUCAGAUGCCUCUGUGUGUGUGUGUGCUGGAGGUCCCCUUAUGACAGUGGAGAUUCAGAUGCCUGUGUGUGUGUGUGUGUGUGUGUGUGCGCGUGUGCGCAUUUGUGUGGAGUUGUGGUUUGGGAAGAGUUUCUCUUGGGUUAAAUUAAUGUAGAAUUUGGGAUGAAAGUGUGAUGCGUAUGUAGAGGUGUGAGUGUGUAAGAGUUUGAAAAAAUGGUCCCGAACACGGCCAAUAAAUGAUUUGGUGCCAGGGCGCUAACUUGCCGAUACACUAGGUAAAGGGAGGGCGAGGGUCUUGGUGUUUGUUAGGAGUGGGUAUAAAGCAAGCCUUGAAAUGUUGUAUUUCUAUGUACUCUCUCUCAUUUUUACAGUUACUGUCUAUCGCUGUGCAGAGGUUAUGAUACCAAGUCAGCUUAAGAGCCAGUGGCAACUUUCUAAGAAACAAAGCAAUCUUUGACACUUUUGCCAUUUGUUUUAGAUUCGUCUCAGACAAGGUACUGUUGUAACAUACCUUUGCGAUGGGGAAGGAGUGGGUAUCAAUUCGUAGUCCUCUUUUCCUGGUGGUGCUGUUUUUUGUUUGUUUUUUUGUUUUAGCUUUUGUCCUUACCUCUGGACAGCAGGGCGACGGGGAUAGACAGUUUGCUGCUUUUUGUUAGGCUAAAGGGAGUUCUGCGCCUGGGCACCACAGACAUCGUCUCAGUUGCAGUCCCUUAUACUAAACUGUUCAGUCUACUGGUCCACAGAGGUAUCCGUUUGACACCAAGACUGGCUUUAUAACCAAACAUUAUUUAGUGAAUGGGGUGAAAUGGGAUGUUUCUACAAAAAAAUGAAUUGGAUUUCUGAGAGACUGUCAGAGAGAUCUGGAAUAACGAGACUGGGAUACGUCGGAGAGAGUUUGGGAAUAACGAAACUGGGACAUGUCGGAGAGAGUUUGGGAAUGUGUUGUAUGAUAUUAAUGCAAUGUGCCACUCUUGUGUUUAAAAAAAAAAAAAAAAAAAAGGAUAAUAUUUAUAUUUUUUCCUCAAAAUUGCUUUGUGAACUCUGGUGUCCUUUAAAGCAAGACAUAGCAAAUCACCCAAUGGAUUGUGGGACUGACCACUCAUCCAGCCAUCUCAGUUAGCGGUAGCUGCAUUGAUUUUAACCAUAUUCCUAUCAUUUCUGGGUUUUUUGUAAUCAAGGAAUCUAAAGUCUAUAAAUCUUCACACUACGAUGUGUGGCCAUAAUGACUUGAAGCACAGUACAUACACAGACCUUAGAAAUUCAACUCUGUAGCUUAUUAAAUAGGAAGUCCAGCCUUUUGUUCUGUAUCAAUUUUACAAAUGAUAGGAAAACAGUGGGUUUAAUCUGACUCCUUUUUACUUUGUAGUGCAUGAUUGUGUUAUCCAUGGGGAAGGUAUUACCGGAGUGAACACAAUAUGUAUACUUGCAUCCUUGGUGAAAACCAAUGGACACCCAUCCGGACUUCUUGUUUUAUCAUCAUUCAAAAUCAUACAAUUAGAGUCGCUCUUGCCUUUUUGUGUACUUUGAAGAUAAAAUAUUAUCUUAUGUGAGUCGGUUUUAAGACUUUAGUAGAGAAGGAAACCUCCUCCUGCCAUUGUUGCUGUGUUUGCUUUGCUUUGUUCAAAGGAUCAUUCUACGCAGAUGUUCUUCGGGAAGAGAUUAUUUAUUGAGGAUGGUGUUCUUUUGAAUGUAUGGAGGUCAUAUGUAUGGAGUGGGUGUAUGUGUUGGUAUGAGGUUAGGGGGAAGGGUGGGAAAGUUUGUUUAUAUAUACAUAUAAAAUGGCUAUGUAAAAAGACAUUAUUAAAAAAUUUAAACGACUAA